AUGCGCCCUGCCUCGCACGAGCUUCGACAAGACGCGCCAGCCGACCGCCCACCCUCGGCGCUCCAGUUCGAGGCCGCGGUCCGAGCCGCCGCCGGCCGAGUUCGCGCGGCACUGGCGAGGGUAGCGCCGGAGCACGACGAGGUGGCGCGCGACUCAAAGGGUCGCGUCGACUGGUGGGAGGGCGACCUGCUCGGCGAGGCCGUCGUGCGCGAGUACGCCGAGCUGCCACGUUCGUGGCAGAAGAAGCAGGUCCUCGACAACCUGAACGCGGCCGCCGAGCACAUGGCACACACUGCACAGCUUGGUGUCGUUCAGCCGCCCGCCCGCAUCGACAUCUUCCACACGCACUCGCUCGCGCACCCGCCUCUUUGGCUCGAACCUCUCGUCCCUGCCGCGUCGCUCCCCCGGCCGCCCCGCGUCCACGCCCUCAGGGGCUCGUCGCAGCCGCCGCGAGCCCCGCUCCCGCGGCCCCUCUCCGACGCGCUGCGCGUCCGCGGUCCCGACGAGCAGCGCGAGUACCUCGAGCAGCGCGAGCGCGAUUCUGACGAGGAGGACCCGGGCGUCGGCGCGUCGCGGUCGGGCUCGCCCAGGCCGACGUACGAGCUUGGCGGUCGUCGACUCGACCGGCGCAUCGGGCUCAGGACGGCGGCGCGGUACGGCAUCGACCCGGCGGCGUUUGCGCGUGGGUACUAG